CGAGGCUGGAUGCUUGUCCAACAUGGCGGCGCGCUAAGAGCGUAACAUCUGCGUUUCUAGGCGCUUCGCUCUGCAGGUGGCUUGAGACUUUGGAGUUAUAGAGGCCUAAUCCAGACCGGUCAUCUGGAAGAAACUUUGACUUCAGAUAUGGCUCUGAGUAAAUCAAUGCAUGCAAGAAAUAGAUACAAGGACAAACCUCCUGACUUUGCAUAUCUGGCAACCAAAUACCCAGAUUUUAAGCAGCAUGUUCAGAUAAAUCUGAAUGGAAGAGUGAGUCUUAAUUUUAAAGACCCGGAAGCAGUCAGAGCUCUGACCUGUACUCUUCUAAAGGAAGAUUUUGGCCUGUCUAUUGAUAUUCCGUUGGAAAGACUGAUUCCUACAGUUCCCUUGAGACUCAACUACAUUCAUUGGGUGGAAGAUCUGAUUGGCCAUCAGGACUCUGACAAAAAUACUCUCCGAAGAGGAAUUGACAUAGGUACUGGGGCAUCCUGCAUCUAUCCUUUACUUGGAACAACCUUAAAUGGCUGGUAUUUCCUUGCAACAGAAGUAGAUGACAUGUGCUUCAACUAUGCGAAGAAAAAUGUGGAACAGAAUAAUUUAUCUGAUCUUAUAAAAGUGGUAAAAGUACCACAGAAGACACUCCUGAUGGAUGCUCUUAAAGAAGAAUCUGAGAUAAUCUAUGAUUUUUGCAUGUGCAACCCUCCCUUUUUUGCCAAUCAGUUGGAAGCCAAGGGAGUAAACUCUCGAAAUCCUCGGAGACCUCCACCUAGUUCUGUAAAUACAGGAGGUAUCACAGAAAUCAUGGCAGAAGGAGGUGAAUUAGAGUUUGUUAAAAGGAUCAUCCAUGACAGUUUACAACUUAAAAAAAGAUUAAGGUAAGUUA